GUCUGAUGCCACAUAAAAGAGGUGCAGCCAAGCCAUUGUCCCUCGACAGUGACGUGAUAUCCGCAGCAAAAAUGAGCAGGGAGCAGCUGAAGGAGAAGCUGGACUCCCUCCAGUGUCACUUCACCUGGGAGUUGGACGUUGACUCUCUCUGUCCUCAGCACGUCCUGCAGAAGUUGGAUGUCGAGAUCAAGCACACGGCCCACCAGAACCAGGUGGCUCUCCUGGGGCUCCAGGCAUUCCUGCACCAGCUGGACAACCAGAGCACGGCAGCUCUGCAAAGCCUCCGAGCUGCUGAGGAGCGCAACAACGAGGAGGAGCAGCCGGCAUCCACUGCCGGCUCUUUGGUCAUCUACGGGAAUUAUGCUUGGAUUCAUUACCUUCAGGGCUCCUAUCAGGAGGCUGAAACCUGCCUGCAACGAGCUCAGCAGCUCUGCCCAACCCCUUGGGACGUGCGGCUGAUCCCGCACAUCCAGGCACACAAAGGCUGGUCCCUCCUGGUUAUCAGAGCCCGCAACGGGCAGCGGGCAAGAGAGUGCUUCGAGGUGGCCUUGAUGCUUGAACCAGAGAACAGAUCUUUCCGUACUGGGCUUGGAAUGGCUCUUUAUUCCUCCUGGAAUUUCUCCUGGCAACCUGAUAUGGCAAGCAAAGCCAUAGCCCCGUUGGAAGGAAUUAUCAACGAGCAGCCAAAUAACUACAGAGCCAAAAUAUAUUUGGCCAGGCUACUUGGACAAGGAGAUAAGGAAAAAUCAAUUGGCUUGGCUGAAGAAUGUGCAGAGGGAAGCUCUGACCCCGAGGUCCUCAGACUAUCGGUUUUUCUCAGGAUGCCACAGUCGACAGAGCGAGCGCUCGAGAUCGCCCAGCGAGCCGUGCAGCAGAACUCGGGUUACCACCUUCUCUACCAGGCCUUGGCCCAGUGCUACAAGCAACAGUGGCUUAAAGCAAACCAGGAGGACAAGAAUAAUGUACUGGAUGCAGCCAUCAGACACCUCCAGCAAAUUGUUGAGGCGCAUCCAGACCGUGACCUUACAAUUGUCAGGCUGCAGCUGGCAGAGCUCAUUGGUGCGAGGGAUCCAGCACGGGAAGAAGAGAUCUACAAGGAGCUGCAGGAGAAAAUCGACACCCUGAGCCUCAGGUACCGUCAAGCCUUGAAUCGCUUCUGGGGAAAGUUCUUCCUGUACCGGGGGAAGUCACUGGGAAAGGCAAAAGCCAAGUUCAUGGCUGCUUACAGCAUUCCUAUGCAGACAGACCAGAGGAAGGACUGUGGGCGCAGGCUGAGGAGGAUGGCUCAGGUCUACCAGCGCAACGGUGACCCCGACGCUGCCAACGACAUCCACUGCUUCCUCCAAGAGGCCGACCGGCACCUGUAUGGGGACCCUGCUGCGCUCAGUUUGGAUGAUGAGGAUGACCCCAUCCCAGAAAGAGCAGAGAAUGACUUUUCCCAAGGCUAGAAGGGCAAAAGGAACUGUCUGGCUCUGCACAGCAGUGCCAUCCCUCACAUGGUGAUUCUGCUGGCUCCUCAUGUCACCCCAUUGCUCACCCAUCAAAUCCAGGCCCACCCGUGGGUAACCAAGUGCCCACACCUCAGCCACGCUGCUGUGUCCUGCUUCUCCCCCAGGGAAUGAAAACAAGAGUGAAGAAUUUGGCUUACAGGGUCUGAGCACAAUCUUCAGCAGGUGUGGACCCGUGUCUCUCCCUUGGAACUGCCACUGAUCAGAACUGAACGCUGAUUAGGGCAAUGUGAGAAAUCAACUCGUUAAUUAGAAGAAUUCCACCAUUUGCAACAAACCAGGAGGUGGAUUCCUCCACAAGAUCGGUGAGGAGCCGUGAUGAGAGUGAAGUCCUUCAGGACAGGACACAGACAGCCCCUGCUCUGUCCAAAUGCAUUUAACACUGCUGAUUAAGGAGCCCACAGAGGUGAUUUUAUCUACACUAAUCCUCAGAAGCACACGCACGCCUGCCCCCUGCCUGGAUGUAAACCAGGAGCUUUCUUGUACUGGUUCCCACCAGGAAUGACAUUUGCAUCCCUGUUUCUGGAGCCAAACUGUGGCUUUUAAUA